AGGGAAAUCAGACUAGAGACUCAGCACUCUGUGCCACACCGGGAGUGCCUUUAGGAGAGUGAGAAGGAGAGCGAGUGAGUGAGAGAGGUGGGGGGUUGUUUGCAGAAAGAGUCAAGCAGUGGUUGAUGGAGGAGGCAGAGAGCAGUUUUCAGCCCUUUUGAAUAUUUCAUAAGGGAGAUCCUCCAACGUCAGGCUACCUGGAUGGACUGAGAGAAAGAGUUGGUAGUAAGGUGUGCAUUUAGCUGCCACCAGGACCGGGGGGGAAUGGGAAAGCGGUGCAGUUGAGAAGAGGAAUUUUUCGUGUAUGACCCUUCUGUACAGCCUCAGAUAAAAGAAAAGAUCUGCAGGAAGGCACCGGGGAUGAACCAAAAGCAAAGAGAAAGACAGAGGGCUCAACUGCUGGCUGGCUAAUCCUUAAACCUGUGAAAAAACAGGGUAAGGAGGGAGGAUCCCAUCCCUGGGUGAAAGUCUGUGUUUUUCUAGCAACACUUCAACACAUGAAAACUUGUAUAAUUCUUCACAAUACACAAGGAAUCAAGUUUACAUGAAAGGCAGGUUGGUCAGAAUUUGACAGAGGAAUUGCAGUUUGCCAGACGGGAGCCAACACAAUCCUGCAGGUAUGUCAUCCAACGAGCUGAGCGUGGAAAUGGACUCAUGCAUCCGGACGUUCAAGGAGCACAUGCACCUUGAGCUGGAACCCCCGAAGAUGCCGGGUGUGGUGGGAUGCAAGAGGGGAGCAACGUCUCCCAAACUGUCCCCGAGAAGCUCCCCGCGGCUGUUUCGCAAGCUGAUGGUGAACAAGAGCAUUCGACAGAGGCGGCGCUUCACCGUGGCUCACACCUGUUUUGACGUGGAAAAUGGCCCAUCUGCCAGCUGCAGCCCUUUGGAUCCCCAGGUGUCCCCCGGCUCUGGUCUGGUGCUCCACACCAACUUCCCGGGACAUAACCAGCGCCGGGAGUCCUUCCUCUAUCGCUCUGACAGUGACUAUGAGCUUUCCCCCAAGUCCAUGUCACGAAACUCCUCCAUCGCCUCUGAACUACAUGGCGAUGACUUGAUUGUGACUCCAUUUGCUCAGGUUUUGGCAAGCCUUCGGAGUGUAAGGAAUAACUUCACUGUUCUGACUAAUGUCCAGUGUGCCUCCAGCAAGAGGUCUCCAGCAGCAACAACUCAGCCUCCCAUCACCAGAGUUUGUCUGCCAGAUGAGGCGUACCAGAAGCUGGCCAUGGAGACGAUGGAGGAGUUGGACUGGUGUCUGGACCAGCUGCAGACCAUACAGACCUACCGGUCUGUCAGCGAUAUGGCCUCCAAUAAGUUUAAGAGAAUGUUGAAUCGGGAGCUGACGCACCUAUCCGAGAUGAGUCGGUCCGGCAAUCAGGUUUCCGAAUUCAUCUCCAACACCUUCCUAGACAAACAGAAUGAGGUGGAGAUUCCAUCGCCGACUUCCAAAACGCGAGAGAAGAAGAAACAGCAGCUUAUGACACAGAUCAGCGGGGUUAAGAAGGUUUCCCAUGGAUCAUCGCUGUCCAGCAGCAGCAUAUCGCGUUUUGGCGUCAAGACCGAUAAAGAGGAGCAGCUGUCCAAGGAGCUGGAGGACCUAAACAAAUGGGGUCUUAACAUCUUCACCGUUUCGGAGUACUCAAAUAACCGACCUCUCACCUGCAUCAUGUAUGCCAUUUUCCAGGAGCGAGAUCUGUUAAAGACGUUUAAGAUUCAGGCUGAUACGUUUGUGGCCUACAUGAUGACACUGGAGGAUCAUUACCAUGCAGAUGUGGCUUACCAUAACAGUCUGCAUGCUGCUGACGUAGCCCAGUCAACGCACAUCCUUCUCUCCACUCCCGCCCUGGAUGCGGUCUUCACAGAUCUUGAGAUCCUGGCAGCCAUCUUUGCUGCAGCAAUUCAUGAUGUUGAUCAUCCCGGAGUGUCAAACCAAUUCCUGAUCAAUACCAACUCUGAGCUGGCCCUGAUGUACAACGACGAGUCUGUGCUGGAGAACCAUCAUUUGGCUGUGGGGUUCAAGCUGCUACAGGAAGACAACUGUAACAUCUUCCAGAACCUCACCAAGAAGCAGAGACAGUCCCUCCGCAAGAUGGUUAUUGACAUGGUUUUGGCUACCGACAUGUCCAAACACAUGAGUCUGUUGGCUGAUCUAAAGACUAUGGUUGAAACUAAGAAGGUGACCAGCUCUGGAGUGCUGCUGCUUGACAAUUACACAGACAGGAUACAGGUGCUGCGCAACAUGGUACACUGUGCCGAUCUGAGCAACCCCACAAAGUCCUUGGAGCUGUACCGUCAGUGGACUGAUCGUAUAAUGGAGGAGUUCUUCCACCAGGGAGACCGAGAGAGGGAGAGGGGGAUGGAGAUCAGUCCCAUGUGUGAUAAGCACACAGCCUCUGUGGAGAAGAGCCAGGUGGGUUUCAUUGAUUACAUUGUGCACCCCCUGUGGGAGACCUGGGCCGAUUUGGUUCACCCUGAUGCUCAGGACAUUCUGGACACAUUAGAAGACAACAGAAACUGGUACCAGAGCAUGAUUCCUCAAAGUCCCUCUCCGCCUUUUUAUGACCAGGGCACACAUGGACAGAGCGGAGGCACAGGAGGACAAGGAGGUGGGGAGAAAUUUCAAUUUGACUUGACAUUGGAGGAGGAAGACUUGGACGGGAUGGAAAAAGACGGUGAAGGGGAGGAUGAAAAAGGAGAAGAAGAAAUAGAGGUGGAAGAUAAUCUUACAAAUUCCCGUUCACCUCCUCCGGACUAUUUGGACAGUCAGGCAGAGGAAGAAGACACCAUGAUCGAGCCCAUGACCGCAAUAGAGAUUGUGACGCAUGAGGCCUCACCCACAGAAACAUAGGGCUUCGAGUGAGAGGCUCUCAUGGUGAUUUGAAAGUUUUUAGAAAAGGGGGGGAAAUACCCUCUUGCAGCUGUGCUUUUGAGUAAGCCCUCAGUAGCAAGGGCUUAGUUUUGGCCCGCACAGGGAAAACUUGCACUUGGGUGUUUGAAGCCAGACACAGAUGGACAGUUUCACAGAGGUGGCUUCAGAGUUCUCAGGAAAUAUUUGCUGCGAAAAUUUUAGUCUUGAUGGGCGAAAGUGGAGCUUGAAGGAUUUCAGCCAGUUUGGAAAAUGGCUCCUCAUCUUUUCUGGACAGGCAUUAUAUGGACAAUGACACUACUGAGAGAAGUUUUGUACCUUAAGAUGUUUUUUUUUUCUACAGAUAUAAGAUCUUGAAGUAGCAUAGAGUAAGAUCUACUGAUGGAGACACAUUUGUAUAGCAAGAGAACGUGUUUACCUAUUUCUGUACCAUUUGUCAAAGGACUUUUUGUGUGCCUUUUUUACAACUGUCUUUAUAAUAGUUUUUCUUUUUUAUUUAUUGAACACACUAGUGUUUGUGAAAUGCUUUUAUUUCCUUUAUGAAAAAAAGAGAAAAUACAGUUUUUGUAUGUUAAAGAGCAAAGUCUUCCACGUAUUGGGCAAUAGAGAAAUCCAAGCAAAUGUCGACAAACAGUUCUUGGACUCAUCUACAUUAAAUGGGAAAAUGUCCACAUUCAUUAAUCUAUUUUUUUUUUCUAUCUGAGCACAGGUAACAUCCAAACAUAUGUUUAGUUAUGGGUCAUGUUACAUAUUUGGUAUGUUGCUUUUUGUAUCAGUCAGUGAAUGUCAAUUUUGCAUCUAAACACAUCUCUUUCCAUCCUCCACUGUUUUGUUUUUGAUGACCUGUAAACCAUUGAGCUUUCCUGAUUUUUUUCACCCCAUAACUUCAAUUUGAGGAUAUGCCCUAUUUUUUGUGUACUCUUUCAAUUUCCACAUAGUUUUACCAAGUGUUUUUGAUCCAAAUAAAUUUUUCAUAACAUGUUAGUAGUGAAACAAAUGGCUCCUGACAUCUGGCUGCCUGGAUCAAGGAUAAAAUGGGAAAUUAAGUCUGCCAAGGACGAAAUGAGUCUAUUUUUAGCUCCCAGGUAUGCUCUAGUCCUAACAAUCCUGUCAGCCAGAAGAGGUUCAGAACCCAGAUUGGUCUGAUGUAACGCUCCCCUGCCUUUUCUGCAAUCAGGACCAGGCCCAGAUGAUUAAAGCUGCAAUUAUAGCAGCCUGUCUAAAACCCGCUGAUGGACAGAAUUCACAUGGUUUACACGCUCCUCUGGGCUCUGGCACAACAACCCCAAAACAAUCAGGACAAGUAUUUCUUCCUCGUGAUAAGGAUCUGCUCAUUGACGUCAGCUGAAUUCCCAAACCUUCCAGACAGGAUAUCUGAAUUCAGAGAGACACAGUGAAGCUUUGGAACUGUAAGGACAUGAGAAAUGGUCCUGAAGGCUUAAAACGGUUUGCAGACCUUCCUACAACUGAUCAUAAUGGGUGUCCUAGUUGCAUAAAUCUGUCCGCUUUCAUAUAGGUUUAUUGAUACUCAAAGGUACUUGGUUUCAUUUCCCAAAAGCAUGCUUAAGUGGCAAUCAUUUGUGUGCAGUAUACAUGUUUUAAAUGGGAGUGGAUCGUCUGUGUGUUUGAAUCAGGCCUUACCAUCCCCAAAAUCACUCCACAAAUUAGUCUCUGCUGUUUGUCGUUAUGAGCUCAAGUUGGGUCCUGUUUGGUCCUUUUGCUGUUUAUAACAGUGUGUAUUUAUUCUCUACUUUAAACUUGUAAAUAAGAAAUAUUGGUUUAGUGUAAAAUCUAUUUUAAUUUAUAUGCACUUGCAUUACCUGGAAGUGGUGGUGUUUAAUGUGUAGAGGACUCUGGAAUAGAGUCUUUUUUUAUAUAAUUGUAUAUUGUUUUUAUAUAAAUAUAUAUACAUAUAUAUUCGCACAAUGUUUUGAGUGCCCAGCAGAGCAGCGGCUAAAAAGGUAUGUUGUCAUAUGAAAACCUUGUAACUACUACUUUUUCUUUUACAUAAAAUCUCAAUUUGUGUUACGUAAUUUCGCACAGACAUUAAAAUUGUUAAUGAUGCACAAACAUAAACCAAAAAUGUUCUUGAAUUUAAUAAAUUUUACAAUGAAUUCAACAGAAAACCUUAUAUUCUAUUUUUCUUUAAAUCAAACCCAGCUUUCAGAUAACUAACUGGGAUUACAAGGCUUUUAUGUGACAUCAGCAAAUUGGUAACCAAAAGGUCACAUGGAGGACACAUUAAACUUUAUAGGCUUGGAUAUAGGAUACAUACAAGUUAGCUAAGGAAUACUGAAGCAUAGGUGUUGCUAAGUUUAAAAGUUCACAAAUAGCUUAAUUUUGUCAGAUUUGACAGCUCACAUAAGCCAGACAGAAGUUUGACUGACAAACACAAAACAAUCGUCUCCUUUUACACGAAUUGCACUUCACCUAAAGUAGGAGAUAUUAUCAGUAGCAUGCUAAAAUAUGCCUGGCACUGAUGUGAGUUGUUUUGAGUCAAUAACAAAUCCUGAUCUUAUAUAACUGACUGUGCAAAUGUGCGAACUCUUCUGACCAAACUUGUUAGCAGUUUUGACAGACAUUUGUCAGUAUUAAUGUUAUCUAUGUUCAAGCUUUUUUGGUCCUAGUUGUGUCCAAAUGGUUAGCCAGAUUUAGCACUAUCUACAUCAGAAUCAGAAUCAGAAAAGCUUUAUUGCCAAGUACGUUUUUGGACAUACAAGGAAUUUGUUUUGGCGUAGUUGGUGCAUGAGAGAUGGGUUCCUUUAUUUUGUAUUGUUAAUCUGUUAAAGUCCACCAGUUGUUGGAGGUGGGUUAAUAAAUGUUUCACGCAAUGUAUGGUAUGAUCUUGUAUAUUGUGUUUAAAAAUAAAUCUGAAAUACUUUUUUAUCAAGUGAUUAAAAGCAAAGCAUGAAAAUAUA